AUGCUGCAGUUCCAGCUUGUUGUGGUGCAUUUGGCCCUUGUGAUUACCCUGCUGCAGUGGCACUCUAGCUCAGUGCUCCUCGCGGAGGCAGCGCCAGAGCCUUUGGAGCCUUCUGCUGCUCUGGGCAUGGGAGCACAUCCCAUUGCCAGCGAAGAGAAGUCAGCCACCAACCUGGCAGCCAAACUGUUCCUUCUUGAUGAGCUGGUGUCUGUGGAGAAUGAGGUGACCGAGACCAAGAAGAAAAGAAGUUUCCCAGGAUUUGGCUCCCCGAUCGACAGGAUUUCUUCGACUUCUGUGGAUGCUAAAGGCAAACAGAG